AUGGAGGAAAUCUGGGAAAAUGAGGAUUCAAAGUCUUGGUUACUCCAACUGAAAGAGGACAUCCGAGUAUACAGGAGGAUGCUAGACAUCUGGAAACCUCGACAGUUGGAAGUGACUCGGCGAACACACACUGGAGAGAAUCCUACAGCUGUAAUCAGUGUGGAAGACAUUCACUCAGUCAGGAAGCCUGGCAACUCAUCUGAGAACACACACUGGAGAGAACCUCAUAGCUGUGAUGUAUGUGGGAGACUUUUAACGUCUGCCUUCAAUCUGAACCGACACCAGCGAACACACACUGGAGAGAAACCCUACAGCUGUGAGAAGUGUGGGAAGAGCUUUUCUCAGUUAGGACUACUGGCCAGCCACCGUCGUUCGCACACAGGAGAGAAACCGUAUGUCUGUGAUCAGUGUGGGCAGAGCUUUGUCAAUCCGGGAUCCCUGGCAAAGCACAAGCGAAAACUACAUGCAGGAGAGAAGCCUUAUAGCUGUGCGGAUUGUGGGAAGAGUUUCUUUGAAUCACAUACCCUGGCUAACCAUCGGCGGACACACACAGGAGAGAAGCCUUAUAGCUGUGAUCUAUGUGGGAAAAGUUUCGCUCUGUCAGGAACKCUGAUUAAACAUAAGCUGACUCAUACAGGAGAGAAACCGUACUGUUGUGARCAGUGUGGGAAGAGCUUCCGUGAAUCAGGAAGGUUGAAAGUUCACCAGAGAAUGCACACUGGAGAGAAACCUUACGGCUGUGAUCAAUGUGGGAAGAAAUUUGGUCAUUCGCAACACCUGAAAGAACACCUGCGAACGCACACAGGAGAGAAGCCAUUUAGCUGUGAUCAGUGUGAGAGGAAAUUCACUCAACCACAACACCUGAAAUCACACAUGAGAACACACKCUGGAGAGAAGCCGUUUGUCUGUGAUCAGUGUGAGAAGAGAUUCGCUCAUUCACAACAACUCAAAGCACACAUGCGAAUACACACUGGAGAGAAACCUCAUAUCUGCGAUCAGUGUGAGAAGAAAUUUGCUCAUUCACAACACCUGAAGGAUCACAUGCGUACACACACAGGUGAGAAGCCAUACAUCUGUGGAGAAUGUGGAAAGAGUUUUGCUAGAACAGGAACAUUGAAAGUGCACCAGAAAUCACACGCAUCAGGUGAAGUGUGUACAGAUCUGCCUCCCCAGCAGCAGUUCCAGAACCCUCAAAUAAAUCUGAACAGCCCAAAGUAACAGAACCCUCGAUAAAUCUGAACAGCCCAAAGUAACAGAACCCUCGAUAAACUCUGAACAGCACAAAGUUCCAGAUCCAUCUCCCUCCCCGGGAUCAGUUCCAGAACCCUCCAUAAACUCAGAAAAGUUCCGCUGCUGGGCAAUCUAGCACUAGGCAAUUAUGACACUUAUCUGUUUUAUAUAUAUGCGGUAAAGAGGUCAAUGGAACUCGACCAAAACAAUAGAAAUGCCAUGGACACAGGUGGGAGAAAGAUGCCAUGGGGGUGAGAUCCCYAAUCUCCUCAUGGUCCCCUCACUAUAUGUUGAGGUUAAAAUCAGWGUAUAAUGCUUGUAUGGAUGUCAACCCCCCAACACAUGUUCAUGUCAUCAUCACCAAAUCAACUGCAUUAUAGUAACAAAAGGACUUUGACUGCCAUCAACGAUUUGUGUAUGCUACAAGCUCAUGAGAACAGGAGUUAGCAUUUUAGCAGUUACAUCUUAUAAACAGGAAAAGGGACAACUUCAAAAAUGUUAUGCAGAGGAAACAGACAAAUAUAUCGAAACCGGACUUCAGUAACCACUUUGUGGGCCUGUUAUAUUACAUAAAUCAUAUGACGGAGUUGACGAAUAUAUCCACUUGGUUAGAUCAGAUGUGUUGAAUGUGAGCCAAUGACGGCGUCACAGCGUCCUGCGUUUCAUUGACCUCUUUUCCCUCAUCUCUGCCUGAAUCCAGCUCUACAGAUUCUGAAUUCAGUUUUAAUAGWUUAAAUACUAACCUUUUUUUUCUCUCCCCCAAUAGAAAAUGUUUAUUUUAUUUUAUUGAGGUGUGGUCAGAAAUGGAARAAAAUAGCCUCAUGUACUUUUAUCUGCUUUAAGAUGACUUAAGACACUGUGUACAGAAACAUUGGUUCAUUAAAAUCAUGUAGUUACAUGGAGUGUGCGUGACCUUUUAUUGUUUUGACUCCUCAGUCUCUCCUUAAAUCUUGGUACCACACCUAAUAUUUAUUAAUGCAUUUUAUACUUGUACAUUUCCCUAUGUGAAUCACACCGUUGUUGUAAAAGAACCACCUCAUUCUAUGUGAAGACUAGAUACCUGUUAGAGAUGACAUCAUCAACUACCACCACCCUGAGGCAUAUACACACAGAGAGAGAGAGAGAGU